AGAGAGCGAGAGAGAGCGAGAGAGAGAGAGGGACGUGUUGCAGCCUGGCGGGGAGUCGGGGAGGGGAGCGGACGAGCCUUUGCAGAGAUGGGCUAUUCGGCCCGACGAGACGGGCGAGGCGUUUGAAGUGUUCAGCCGCGGCCCGGGCAAAGUGUGGCACACGUCGGACGUUUCUGUAUGCGGGAGUUAUUCCGAAGUUGAAAAUGCGGGUGACGGUGGCGCUGCCGAGACCCAGCGCUCCCUUCCUGUCGUCUAGGACAAGAUGGCAGCGACGCAGGCAAACUCUACAUGGUGUGGCUUCGUAAGUCCAUAACAUGUUCGGAGAAGCCCUGGAUUCUACCUACUGGUACUCUACGUGAAGGUAUGGCCUCACAAGUCUUGGUCUACCCACCACACAUUUAUCAAACCCAGACAAGUGCCUUUUGCAGUGUGAAGAAACUAAAAGUUGAGCCCAGCAGCUGUGUGUACCAUGAGAGGGCCCACCCGUGGACUUAUCUGAACGGCAGGACCCUUGGCAUCGCGCACCCAACCAAACAGGCCCACUCGUUUGUGAACCGAGACUCUGCGGUGGGUGUGAAAGUGAGGGGCAGACAAGAGCACCCGGUACAGACGGUGGUGGUACUUGGGGUACAGAAAGAGAAGGCCGGUGUAAGAGAAGUUGGAGCCGGUUCAGCUGCGGCCCAGCUGCUCCGGGACGCAGGGGUUGUUGUUCCCUCGCAGGGCAAGGGGCAGCAGCAUACAGACACAGGAAGGGGGGGCAGCAGUGGAGCAGCAGGGGCAGGAGGAGGGGGAAGGGGAGAGGGCAGCAGAGGAGGAGGUGUGGGCAGCAGGGAGGAGAGGGUGGAGGAGAGUGACGAAGAAGAGGAGGACUGUGGAGGUUUGAACUCGGUCGACAGCUCUCAGCGAUGUGGGCUGAAACGUAAGAGCAAGGAGCUGGAUAACCGUGGGAGCGCCAUGCAGAUUGUGGACGAACUGUGCAUGUUACCUGCCAUGUUGCAAACGACGAAUGUGGGGAAUGCGGCCAUGCCUGCACCCGCAGCUGUAGGGGCCGUAGGGGGCCCAUCUAAACAGGGUGCUGGGGCUGGUGGUGCGGGUGCAGCCGGGGGAGCGGGAGGGGACGGGGAUUACCAGCUGGUACAGCACGAGGUCCUGUGCUCCAUGAAAAACACCUAUGAAGUGCUGGAUUUCUUGGGCCGUGGCACAUUCGGGCAGGUCGUUAAGUGCUGGAAGAGAGGCACAGGAGAAGUGGUGGCAGUGAAGAUUCUAAAAAACCACCCAUCUUAUGCGAGGCAGGGCCAAAUUGAGGUGGGCAUCCUGGCCCGUCUGAGUGGGGAAAAUGCAGAUGAGCACAACCUAGUGCGAGCCCUUGAAUGCUUCCAACACCGCAACCACACCUGUCUGGUGUUUGAGAUGCUCGAGCAGAACCUGUAUGAUUUCCUGAAGCAAAACAAGUUCAGUCCUCUGCCUUUGAAAGUGAUCCGACCUGUGUUGCAGCAGGUGGCCACAGCCCUGAAAAAGCUGAAGAGCAUGGGUCUGAUCCAUGCAGAUCUCAAGCCUGAGAACAUAAUGCUGGUGGAUCCUAUGAGGCAACCCUACAGGGUAAAGGUCAUAGACUUUGGCUCGGCCAGCCAUGUGUCCAAAGCUGUGUGCUCCACGUAUCUCCAGUCUCGGUACUAUAGGGCUCCAGAGAUUAUCCUGGGACUGCCGUUUUGUGAAGCCAUAGACAUGUGGUCCCUGGGCUGUGUGAUAGCGGAGCUUUUCCUUGGCUGGCCCCUCUACCCUGGGGCUCUGGAGUAUGACCAGAUUCGCUACAUUUCUCAGACACAAGGUUUGCCAGGGGAACACUUGUUGAAUGUGGGGACAAAAACGGCACGAUUCUUUUGCAGAGAGUCUGAUUCCCCCUAUGCAGCAUGGAGACUGAAGUCGACGGAUGAGCAUGAGACAGAGACGGGGAUGAAAUCAAAGGAAGCAAGGAAGUACAUCUUCAGCUGUUUGGAUGACAUAGCGCAUGUGAACUUGGUGAUGAAUCUGGAAGGUAGUGAUUUACUGGCAGAGAAGGCAGACCGUCGGGAGUUUGUGGGCCUGCUGAAGAAAAUGUUGUUUAUUGACACGGAGAAGAGAAUUGCGCCUACAGAGGCUCUCAGCCACCCCUUUGUUACAAUGCAGCACCUGCUGGACUUCCCCCACAGCAACCACGUCAAGUCAUGUUUCCACAUUAUGGAUGUGUGCUGGACUCGCCCGGGUGUAUACGAUGGGGUCAACCGGAAUAAGGGUCCCUUCGUCAGGCCUAUGAACACCACUGCCGCUGCUUCUUCAGUCAAUCAUCCCUUCAGCAAGAUGGCUAAUGUCCACACUCAAGGAUUAGCCCCAUCAGCCCCCUCAGUGAUGCACCCUGGCAUACCUCUGCAGCCAGGAAGUGGUCAGUUUGGGUGCAAUGAUUCAUUUCAGCAGGCACUCAUCCUGUGUCCCCCAACAAUCCCAGGAAUCCCCACCAACGCGGCUAAACCAGCAGGUUACUCUGUCCGAAUGGAGACUGCUGUACCUCUGGUAACCCAAGCACCCCCCAUUCAGCCCCUUCAGAUUAGACCUGGAGUCAUCACACAGCAGGCCUGGUCGAACCGUGCCCAACAGAUCUUGGUACCCACCUGGCAGCAGAUGACACAGGUGCCCCCUCCACCAACCACACUGGCAUCUGACACUGUGGCAGGCCCACAGAGACUGGGAGACUGGGGGAAAGUGCGUCCCCAUGGCAACCAUUACAACUCCAUGAUUGCCCACCCUCAGCCCCUCUUGACCAACCAAAUGAGCUUGUCCGCCCACCAGCCAAUCAGCAUAGGCAUUGCACACGUUGUGUGGCCACAGCCCGCUGCCAACAAGAGAACCAAGCCCUGUGUCAACAGGGGCAGCAACUUCUCCCACAACACAAACAUCCAAAAUUCAACAUGCCAGUCCCCAAAGAUGGCCGACACGGCAAAGAAUGUGGAGGAGGAAGAGGGGGAGGAAGCCAGAUGCCCUGAGGAAGGGCGCACUGUUGUAGAGGAAGCUAGAACAGAGCAAGAGCAGGAGAACUGCUGUAAGGUGGAGCCACACUGCGAGGAGCUGUCAGUGUCGCAGGAGCAGCGGCAGGCCAUGGUGAUCGCUGACCUGGCCAGUCCCACUGUCAGCAUCAUUAGUAUUAGCAGUGAUGAAGAGGAGAAUGCACAGAGACAUUCACUGGAGGAGUGUAAGGGUAGCACAGACUGCGAGGCAUGUCAGAGCACUGUGAGUAUGGAGAGGGUGUGUUCCCUUAGCAGUCCAGACAGCACACUCAGUACCAGCUCCUCGGCCUCAGCCCAGUCCAGCACGUCGCCCUGCAAACGCCCCAACAGUAUGUCAGAUGAUGAGCGGGAGAGUGGUUGUGACACAGUGGAUGGCUCGCCUGCCUCUGACUCCUCUGGCCAGAGCAACAGCCCCUUUGUGGAGCGCCGCUACAUAUCUGACAGCAACCACAACUGCGAGCCCCGUGUGGCGUGCGUUGCCCCAGCAACUGAGCCUGGGAAGCCAACAGUGCGCACCAUGGUAGUGCCUCCAAUGAGGGUGCAAAACAACAACGGCAACCCUGCUGUCAGCGAAGCCCUAGGCAACACAGUUUUGGAGUCUUUGUGCCAGUCCAAAGGGCGAGGCGUUCAUGGGCGACAACCCCACCACUCUACUCCCCUCCUGAACCGCUCGCAGAAGAUCACCCCCGCAUUCCAGCCCCAGCAGCAGCAACCUAUUGGCUUUGGGCAGGUGCAACAUUACAGCUCCUGCCACCAAGAGUGGAACGGAAAUUACGUCCAUCGACGACCACAGGCCUACAUCCCUCCCACCAUGCAUGGACACACCUUUACUCUGUCCCACAGCAGCCCAAACCACAAUACAGGCCCGCACCCACACCUCGGGGGCCACCCGCACUCCCAGCACACCUUGCUUUCAUAUCCACCAUCUGGUCCCCUGGUCACAGCUGCACCAGUGGCUCACAUCCUGGCCUCUCCUGGGGCCUCACGCCCUGUCCUCCAGCCCACCUACAGCAUCUCCCACCCGGCAGGCAUCGUGCACCAGGUCACAGUGGGCAUCAACCCCCGCCUGUUGCCCUCCCCCACCUUGCACCCCCAGGGCCAAUUCAAGCCCCUUUUCCCCCCACACUCCUACAUCGCAUCGCCUGCCUACACCAGUUUCCCUCUCAGCCCCACCAAAAUCAACCAGUACCCCUACAUCUGAGCAUCUAAGAUAACACCUCGCACCCCCAUUAGGGCUGAGUGAGCAGGGCGGAUCCCUUUCUAAAACAUAAACAACAUGGUUUUCAUUUCCAAAGCCAUGGCACAACCACAGAGAAAGCAAGCUAUUUUUUUUAAUCAUGUAGACUUGGGUGUAAUUGAACUCAAAGCUUUAAAAAAAAGAGUUCCAUUGGUGUGGGGGGAGUAUUGUAUGAAUGAAUGAAUGAAUGAAUGAAUGAAUGAACAAAUGAGUAGAUAGUAAACUCACACUCAAUGUGUUUUGCACAUUUGAUAUACCUUUGCAUUGGAUCUUCUACGAAUACUCCUCAAAACAGGUAAAUAAUUGGGGUGGUGUUGAAUAGUUAAAAUUUGCACCCCUGAAUCCCAGCUAUUUUUCUAUAUUGCCUUCUUACGUGUGCAAGACACAUCCAUAUUUGUAAAGCCAUCCCAGUCUCUAGCUCUAGGUUGACAGAUGCACAUUGUGUGUUGUACUGCAUUCAAAGUAUUUGUACCUUUUCGGUGUCUUUCGGUGUUUGCAAUGUUGAGUCAAUUAACCGAUUUUAAAUAGGGUUGUUCCUCACGCUGCAUGUGGUCUUGCAUGAGCAGAAAAAUGUAAACGGAGAGAUACGUAGACGUUGCUCUUAUCGUUGAGUCGCGAGACUCACUGCAUCGUAUAAUUGUCCCCAGCCAUAGUGCCUUACAUAUUUGAGGUUGUUAAUGUUACUACUUAUAUAUGACUAUAUACAUAAAUAUUAAUGUAAUGGACUGCAGCACUUGAAAUUCCAAUCAGUCAAUGCAUCCUAUGUGUGAGUAUGUAUGUGUGUGUGCAUAUAUAUAUAUAUAUAUAUAUGCACAUGUGUAUAUGUCCAUGCAUAGCCUGCAUGGAGGUGAUGUAUCGCGGAAAGCGGUGCUUAUUUCUUGGAUCCAGUGUAUAUUUCAAUGUGCGAUGAUUACCUUUCUGUUCUUUAAAGAACGGCAUUCUUUGCUGUUGCGAAUGCUUGCUGUUUUAAUUUUUUUUUUAAUGUUUUAAUCGUUCUUUCGUUCUCCCUCCCUUGAAUGAAAUAGUGUACAAAGUGCAAGUAUUGAGUAUUGCUUAAUAUUUGAUAAUCAACUUCUAUUUAGUGAAACUCUUACUACUAACAGUAUUUGUACUGUUUGAUGAAACUGCAAUACAAUCGAAAUAGUCAAGUUUUUAUUACUUUCCGUUUUGUCCGUGUUUUCAUUUUUUUUUUUUUGUGUGUGUGUGUUUUUUUUGUUAGUGUUUUCACUUUCUUUCCUAGAUGUUUAGAGGUGUGUUGGGCAUGGCUUUGGUUAGGUGAGGAUAAAAAUACAAAUUAAUUCACAGUAUGGAGUCUUGUAAGCCUGAGCAAACCAUGCAGUAUUUAAUAUACUCACAUAUAUAUGGACAAAUAUUAUACAGCUAGACUAUUUAGUGCAGACGCUUGAUAAGGUGUGAGUUAAAUCGUGUGCAGUUCUCUCAUUUAUGCAUGUGUGACAAAAGUUAACUUUUCCCUUUACAUUAUACCGUUUGUUUAAGGCUUAUCGGUGUCGACUGCUUAUGUUAUACAUUCCGUCAGGGAGAAUAUGCUGUGUGCAUUUAUCUGUUCAUUUACCAUUCGUGUGCAUAAUUUUAUUUUUUGUCUUUACUUUCAAAUGAAGUUGCUUGUGCAGCACCAAAGACUGUAAUUCAUUUCUUGAGCAAGGUAGCUAUUCAGUUUGCAUAGACCUCAAGUAUACUGUAGUUGCAGAAAUGGGGUUAGAUUUAAAAAACAAAAAAACAAAAAAGAUAUUUAAAAAAAUGGCUGAGGUUUGUCUGGCUUUCUGGGCGAUUAAUAAGUUGUAUCAUUAUUUUUUCUUGAAUGUAUCAUAGAUAAGCUGCUAUAUGAUUGCCACUUCAUUAGCUGUGAAAUUAGGUGAUUUCUCUGAGUUUAAACCUAGCGCACCUAUUUUUGUAUAGGGCCCUAAUUAUCUGAAAUAGAAGUGGUUUUGAUUCUUAGUGUUUUGCUUUCAUGUUUGGAGUGUCAUUGUAACUACUGUAUUGCUGAUGAUGGACAUUAGUUGCAUUUUGUUGUUUUUGGGGGUGUGCGUUUUUUUUUUUUUUUGCAUCAGUAUUUUAUCCUUAUUAACUUUUUUGGGCUCAUCACUGCAUACAAAUGAUGUAUUGGUGUAACUUAAUUUUUGUAUGUUUUCAUAUUGCCGUUUUGUAGUCAUCUAAAAGCUGUAGCUUGCAGGAUUGAUUUAACUUUUUCUCGUGGUAGUUGUGUAAAUGAUAUGCUACCGGGUUGCUGGUGUGUAUUCCGCUACGAGAUGGCGGGGUAUUUCCGGUGAGUUCAGUGAGUUGCUUCUGUAGACGUUCCCACAAAAAAAAAAAAAAAAAAAAAAAAAAAUCGCUCACACCACUAAGCACUUGUAAUUGGACUUGCAAGGAGUUUUGAUGAUUGGAUCAGACUAUGCCUCUAAAAAUUGAUUUUGCAGACGGUGAUUUGUUUUCAAAAUGUUUUAUCAUUUUCUUCGUCCUCUCUUUAAAUGGAUUCGAAACCCAUAUUUAUUACACCCCUUUUAUCUGUUCAAUGUUAUAUCUGGCUACAGUAUCCGUUCCAAAGUCUGUGAUUUUGAACUGCCUUUUAUUUAUUUCUUUUUAUUAUUAUUAUUAUUUUUCUUUUUAAUCGCUCUCCCCUUUAUGAGUGUCUCAUAUCGAAACAGUGUUUUGUCGAUGCAAGACUGACUGUGGCCAUCUCUACAUGUUCCUUACCGAUACUGAGACAGUGUGAGCAGCACUGCGUUUGUGCCUUGAGAUCCAGAAAGUGAGAGCCCGAGACGUGGCGGGAGGAGGAGGAUUGGGGUGGGCCCGUUUGCCGCCGCCUCUCCUCCUGGUGGAGAACAAGCGUUUUUAGAACCCAUUAACAACCAUCACCGAGUAGAGUUAACUGUCAUGUAAACGGCUGCCUGACCAAAAAAAGAAAAAAACCACAAAGUGAAAGAACGCAGAGCCGAACUCCAUCAUCCGUCACUACUGGGACUCGUACCCCCCCCCCCCAAUAAUCAUUUAAACAUGACAGAGGAGGGCCGAGGAACCAUUUUAGGGUUCCCUUUGCCUCAGAUAGCCGCCGCCGAGACCUUUCUGUGACUGUCAUACAUACGUGCACACUUUGAAUGAUAUAACGAUGCUGUUCUCUUCGAUAGUCACUCCGGCCGAACAGCAAAUGCAAUACUUAACAUUGUGCGGUCAUUGCACCACCAAGUGUUCUUAGAUAAACCCAUGCGUUAACAUUACUUUGCAUGUACACCUGAAGUCGUUUCACUCGUUUGCCUCGAAGUAAUCCACUCCAAAAACUUAUCGGUCAUUCUAGUUUGGGCUCAGUUGUCACUAACACUGGCAACAGACAGAUCACUGUUGAGAUAAGUCUCCGAGGUGGUUCCUUAUUUGAAUGAAUGGCCAUUGCCAUAGAAAGAGUCGUGACUUCAUGACUAUGAAUACAGUCUCUCUGACUGAAGGAUGUUCAGUUCAGGCAUCCUGGAAGGAUAAUUUUUCGUCACCGAGAUUGUGGCUUCUCUACCAAGCGUGAUAUUCCACAUUUCAGUACAUAUUUAUGUGGACAAGUGCUUUUGGAUAGUUUAUUUCCCCUCCACGCUUUACUUGAUCACACUGAUAUUUUGUUUUGGGAAAGAAGGCUUAUGACUACAAGGCAUGAACUUGGCAGAUUAGUGCUUGAAAUAGUUUUCCAAUAAUAAGCAUGCUAAACUGUAUUUUGAUUCUUGCAAAAGAUAUUCACCAGCAAUGCACCUGCACAAACUCUCCCACACCUAAAGAAAAAAAAGAUGGAUGCAAGAGGAGAGAAAUCUUGAAACUGUUCUGUUUUUUAAUUUCCAUGAUUUGAAAGCUGGAUUUGUGGAUAACAUUGGUUUUUUUUUUGAGGAUUCAUGUAACAUUAAACAGAUAAACUAACACAGCAGUUUGUAAAAUUACUACCAUAAAAGUUGUGACUUUAACAUAAUGAUAGAUCUGCUGCGGUAUUGUCCUUUAGAGAUAUUAAUUCAGGGUCUGUAUUAGUCCAACGUGCUACUGUGUUACUCUUUGAUCUUUACUAUUGGGUUGGAUGAGUUUUGGUUUACUCAAUUUCUCCAUUCGGGUUACCUGGUCAACUGUAUCAGUUUCAAAGUUAAUUCACACUGCAAGUUAUGGAAUCAUCUGUUAAGAUUGCUCUCACAUAGACUUGAUUAUGAAAUCUGAACUGUUACUGUUUUAAUACCUGUAGAUUUUGUGGCUUUUGUUUUUUUGUUUUCAUUUUAUUUCAUUUGCUUUUUUUAUUUUGUGCUACAAUAGUUUGCCAUGUAGCAAUUGCACUGUGCAAUAUUUACAGUAUGAGGACUGGGAAAACUAACUCUCUGGAUGUGAUGUCUCUUUACAAUUUGCGAUAGUGUUUCCUCUCUAGUUCUCAGUGAUUUAGGUGUGACCAAGCCUUCUCUACUUUGUCACAUUAAGCGGGUUUUCCAGGUGACUCUUUUGGUGAGUGUCAAAAUAAGACUUUAUGGUGUAUUAUUGUUAAGAUUCACUUUGAAUUAAAAAAAAUUCUAUUGCUGCAAUCUUGACUUGGUUUUGUUUGUUUGUUUUUUUUGCACCGAUGCGCAUGUUUGUAACAUUUAAAAGUGAGGGGGAAGAUAAUCACACUUAGUUUGACUAUUUGAAUAAAGAUUUU